AUGACGCAGACGCAGUCGCAGUCCCAGACCGUCGGGCUUGAUACCCUCGCCGAGGGGUCGCAGUACGUCCUGGAACAAUUGCAGCUGUCGCGAGAAGGCAACUCCGACAAUAACUCCGCUUUCAAGGGUUCUUCUGUUCGCGAUUCCCUUGCUGAAGCUCGAUCUAUGAUUCGUAAGAACUCUUCGUCUGCGCCGGUAUUUUCUUUUAUUGUUAUUGAAGAGGAGGUUGUUGCUAAUGUCUCUGCCGCAGAGUUCGGUUUGACGUGCGAAUAUGCUCGCGAACGCAAGAAACGGGGCAAGGCUUCGAAGAAGGACAUUGCGGCUGCGGCCGCCGCUGCAGGACACCAUGGAAGCAGGGAUAUCCCGUCAUCGCCUGACAGACGCUUGUCGCAGGAGUCUAGCGGCCGGUACGACCAGGCCCUCGAAGCGUCGCGAGUACAGCCGCAACUGCCUACAAACGGACUCGCUGGCAUUCACAACACUCAAGCGACGCAGUCGCAGCCGCCGCUGGGAUCGGCUCUCGACGCUUUGCACCUGAACCAUUUUACGCAGCUGAAUGAACCGGGCCGCUCGCAAAUGCCACUUUCAGAUCUUCGUUCACUGCAGCUACUUCAUAAUAACCCUCGCUCUCCGCCUGCUCUUCCGCCGCAUGGUUUGAAUGCGUAUAGCGAUAAUGCCUUCUCGUUACUCAACCAGGAGCCGAAUACGACGUCGCUGAACCACUUCCGAUUGGGAAAUUCGACAGACAAUCCGUCGGCUCAAUUCCUAGGUCUCUCUCCUCCAGCGCAAUCUCCAGGGUGGCUUCCACUACCAUCGCCGUCUCCUGCAAACUUCCCUUCAUUUCCUAUGGCGCCAUUCUCUGGAACAAGCCUACGAUACCCCGUCCUCCAACCGGUCCUUCCUCAUAUUGCUUCGAUAAUACCCCAGUCCCUUGCUUGCGAUCUUCUCGACCUCUACUUCACCAGUUCAUCCUCCUCCCACCUCUCUCCGCAGUCUCCUUAUGUCGUUGGAUAUAUCUUCCGAAAACAGUCGUUCCUCCACCCUACAAAACCACGCGUGUGUUCUCCUGGGUUAUUGGCGAGUAUGCUAUGGGUAGGCGCGCAAACAAGCGAUGCGCCUUUCUUGACCUCCCCGCCGUCUGCUCGGGGCCGAGUAUGUCAGAAGCUGCUGGAGUUGACAAUUGGGUUGCUGCGUCCGCUGAUACAUGGACCGGCGCUCGGGGAAGCUUCGCCGAAUUAUGCGGCGAACAUGGUCAUCAAUGGUGUUGCUCUUGGUGGAUUCGGGGUGUCGAUGGACCAACUAGGCGCUCAGAGUACAGCGACUGGUGCUGUUGAUGAUGUGGCGACGUACGUUCAUCUAGCGACGGUGGUGUCCGCCAGUGAAUAUAAGGCCGCGAGCAUGCGGUGGUGGACAGCCGCUUGGUCUCUUGCUCGAGAACUAAAAUUAGGCCGCGAGUUGCCGCCGAAUGCGACGCAGCAGGGUCAGGACGGCGAGCGAGAGACCGAUGGUGAUGAUCCGUCAAAGCGAAAUCAGCCGAUGCUCUCGACGCAUGGUGGAAACUCGAGUGUCAAUGUCACGGAGGAGGAACGAGAAGAACGCCGGCGACUCUGGUGGCUUCUGUAUGCUACGGAUCGCCAUUUGGCCUUGUGCUACAACAGGCCGCUCACUUUGCUGGACAAAGAAUGCUCGCAGCUACUGCAGCCGAUGAAUGAUGAUUUGUGGCAGGCGGGAGACUUUCCAUCCGCCACCUACCGCGCCGUUGGUCCGCCGACUGAAUGCACCGGCCAUAGCAUGUUCGGCUACUUCUUACCUCUAAUGGCGAUUCUAGGGGGCAUCAUCGACGUCCAACAAGCCCGCGAACAUCCCCGCUACGGCCUGACUGUCCGCAGCGGACCUGAAACUGAGCAGUACGUCAUGGCAAUAACACAGCAAUUGGAUUCCUACGCGCAAAGCCUAAAAGACUUCGAAGCGCGAUAUACAAACAGCCUCGCCCUCGCGGAGAACGAACCCCCGGAAAACUCCCACCUCGACCAUCUCAGCCCCUCUGGCCGCUCAAGCAGCACUGUGGGCUCCCGCGUCAACGAGUCGAUCGUCCACACAAAAAUGGUCGUCGCCUACGGGACGCACAUCAUGCACGUCCUAUACAUCCUGCUAGCCGGCAAAUGGGAUCCCAUUAGCCUUUUGGAGGAUCACGACAUGUGGAUCUCCUCGGAGUCUUUCCUCACCGCAAUGAGCCACGCCGUCGGCGCCGCAGAGGCCGCAGCCGAUAUCCUCGAGUAUGAUCCGGACCUCAGCUUCAUGCCCUUCUUCUUCGGGAUCUAUCUGCUGCAGGGGAGCUUCUUGCUUCUCCUUGCGGCGGAUAAGUUGCAAGGCGACGCGAAUCCGAGCGUAGUUCGUGCUUGUGAGACGAUUGUGCGCGCGCAUGAGGCUUGUGUUGUUACGUUGAAUACGGAGUAUCAGCGGACGUUUCGGAAAGUCAUGCGGUCGGCUCUUGCUCAGGUAAGAGGUCGUGUGCCGGAUGACUUUGGCGAGCAGCAGCAGAGGCGAAGGGAGGUUCUUUCGCUUUAUCGCUGGACUGGGGAUGGGACGGGGCUUGCGCUGUCUUGA